AUGAGCAUUUCAUCAGAGCACCGAUCCCUUGGGAAACAAGUCACGAGCACUCUACAAACGCUGUCACCGAUCGUGGAGUUAAACAUUGGCGGGGAGGUGUACACAACAACGCUAAGCACCCUGAAGAAACACCCUGGCUCCAAGCUGGCAGACAUGUUUACUGGCCAGCCCAAGCUCAGGACUGACACAGAGGGGAGGUUCUUCAUUGACAGGCCAGGCACCUAUUUUAAGUACAUCUUGGAAUACCUCCGCAGUAACCAGGUGCCCACCCAGUGCAUCCAGGACGUGUAUAAAGAGGCAUUGUUCUAUGACAUCGAGCCUCUGGUCAAGCAGCUGGAGGAUUCCCCUCAGAUUUUUGGGGAGGUGGUGGCAAGGAAGCAGUUUCUGGCCCGCGUGCCCAACUACAGCGAGAACAUUGAGCUGAUGAUUCGCAUCGCCAGAGCGGAGGCGGUAGCAUCCCGCCAGUCCAGCGUUAUGGUGUGUGUGGUCAGGACCGAGGAGGAUGCAGCCAAGUGUCACAACGCCCUGAAUAGCUUGGACAUGGAUAAGAAAUCGGUGGUGAAGUUUGGCCCCUGGAAGGCGACUCCGAGCAUUUCUGACCUUUUGGAUUGCAUUAAAAUGGACAUUGAAGCCAAAGGAUACAAGAUUUCCUUCCAGCCCCACAUCACAGAGAAAGGCUUCCGGUUCAAAUCCUACGACUUCUUCUACAAAUUUCUGUUCACCUGGUGGUAG